CACGCCCUUCUGUGACACAAUACAAAAAAGUUUGGUGAAGAAAAAUUCUAUCACGGAAAAGAUUAUUUUGAGUGCAACUAGUUGAUCAAGUUUGAGCCUUGAGAAGAGUGCCUGAGAGACUGUGAGAAACAGAGAGAGCCUGGACAAGAUAAUUGGCAUCGAACACAUUUGUUUUUUUCUCAUUCACAAUCUAACGUAGCUAUGGAGUCGGCCAUCCAGACAGUGGUAGGAGUGUAUCUGAAGUCUGCCAAAGGGAAGGACAGUCUCGGAGAUAAGGACUUCCAGGGCCUCGUCAAUAAACAGCUCGGCAACAUCAUGACUGGAACAGACAGUUCCUCUGCAGUGAAGGAGAUGCGUAAGGGAUUGGACGAAAACAAAGAUGGGAAGGUCAGCUUCCAGGAAUACAUGACUCUGAUCGGCUACGUGGCAAACACCCUCAGCGAGCAGAGGACUGCAGCCAACACACCUGCCUCAUAGGAACUACAUAUGGCUUCAUAGACACUCUAUAAGAUGUCUUAUGCAGUCUAUAAGGCAGGGUUCUUCAAUCCUGGUCCUAGUGACCCACGGUGUGUGCAGGCUUUAGUUCCAUACCAGCACUGACACACCAGAUGAAACUCGUGAAGGCUUUGAUGGGAUUGAUUACAGUGUGUGUGACCACAGGGCCAGAAUUGAAGAACACUGCCAUAAGGCCCCAUGUACCUAUAGAGGCUCAUAGACCUGUCAUGGACUGUCAAUCUCCCUUGGCUGUAUAUCACUACAUAUUCACUACAUAAUCAGACUUAACUUCAUCUCAACAUAUUUUAUAUGCUUACAAUACACUACCAAUCUUCAUCUCAGUUAUAACAAUGUUACUGGUUUUAUAAAUACUUUAUGAAGGCAUUUUUUACAUUAAGUUUAACAGUUGGCAUGUUUUAGUAUAACUACUCUAAAUCAACACUUCUACAGUAAAUGGUUUGUUAUCAUGUUGAAAUAAAUGCCAUGGCAAUGUUUUAAAGUCAU